CAGCAGGCAACGGACAAUAGACAAUUUCAGUUGAGUUCAGUUGCUUUUCGGCUUUCAGUGAGUGCGUUUGGUUUUAGUGAAUUUUGAGUGAGUCGGUUUGGCCUGGGUAUUUUUUUUUUGGUGAAACGUUGUCGUGGUCAUCGCCAGGCGCUAUCGUUAGUUAGUUCGUUUGCUUGCUCUCAUUGAAUUUCUGUGAGCGUCGAAACCGCAGCAGCCGCAGUAGUGAUUGUAUUUAAUUUAUGUUAUUGUGUUGUUGUUGUAAGUGGAUUUCACACAGCAUUCGUGUGUGCCCUCGAAAAUUUUGAAAGCUACAGCCACAGCAACAGAAGAAAUCAACGUGGUUGUCGCUGACGACGUAACCACCAAACAUUAACAUCAUCAUCAUUGUGUUUAUUUGUGGAUUGAGCUGCUGCAGCAGCAGCAUCAACGAAUACCUCACCACUUCGCACCAGCCAAGCGUGGAUUUCACAUAAGUGCAAACAUACAAACAAAUAUAAAAGGCCAACUAAAUACGUACGUAGCCGUAAAGCAGCAACAGUGGACGGUGUCAAAUUUUGUGUUUUUUUAUUUCAAUUCACUUUUUGUGGGCAUAGAGUUGCCGUUGCAAUAACUCCGUAAGGCUGCUUUUUCAAUUUUUGUAUGGUUUCGCAACUGUCGUCGUCGUCGUUGUUGUUGACGCCGUCGCCAUCACUCUGACUUUUUCGAAGCCUAUCAAGUCGUCUACGUUUCUAUCUCAUAUAUGUACAUACAUACGUGUACGUAGGCCGCGCGCAACCAUAGCCAUUCAUUCCACUAUACCACAAGGUGUGGGGAAAUCGAUCGAUUACGUAGCUUUGCAUAUGUAUAACGCGAGUGUGUGUGUUUAUAAAGUGAUUGGAAACAAAGUAGAAACAAAAAAAAUUAAAUGAAAUAAUUGCCUUUUUAUUUUGUGUGUUUCAAUGUGCUGCUAAGCACAGAAAACUAAUUGUGAAAACGGCAAAACAAAGAAACUACAAAGAAUUAUUAAAAAGGCGAAAAAUACACAAUUAUUCACCAUUAAAAAUCAAGCAAAAGCUUAAAAUAGUUAGAAACGUUUUAUUACGGCAUGGAAAAAUCAACAGAUUCUGCUACAACGCCACCGUCGCCGUCGCCAUCAAGUGCUGUUGUCGGCGGAGCAUCCUCCGCAACGAGGACGACAGCGUCACCAUCUCCACAUGAUGGGGUUGCAAAUCAUUGUGACGGCAGCAAUGCCACCUUGUCCAGCUAUAUGAUGCCACCACCUACAGCGCGUCCAACAAAUAACAUCAGUAAUAAAAAUGCAAGUAUAGGGUGUGGUUCAACAUCAACAUUAUCAAUGUCAUCAGAAACUAGAUUAACAACAGAGCAUGGGGAUACAGCAGCAGCUACCAACGCGACUAGUUCUCCAAAUGCUCACACCAUAGUUGCAGCCUCCACCUCCACGAACAACGCAUCGCCGUCUUCGUCGUCGUCCUCACCAGCCGCAUCAACCACCACUACAAAUAGUAAUGGUUCUGCAACAUCCUCAAUAGCUGCCGCCAUGGCGAGACAUAACGCCUUCAUACUACCCUCGCGCACAAUGUCUAUGAGUGGCUCACUUGCCGCCACCACAUUGCAGCACACAAGCUCGCCGCAUGCUUUACAGCUACCCCACAUCAACUUGAAUAUAAAUACGACGACCGGUGGUAACUUUGGUGUGACGGUGGACCCACAAAUCUCAGUGGAAAACUUAAAGAAGAUAAUUGCUAAGAAGCUUAAGGUGGCCAAGGAUCGCAUUUGCUUGUUGCAUCGUGAAAAAGAACUACAAGAUGGCACAUUAAAAGAUAAUAAUCUUAUGGAUGGCUCCAGAAUUAUAUUGAUACCAAAUGUAGAGACCGGCUUACUGGCCCAACGCCCCGAGAACACCGUCAUGCAGGCUUUGGAGUCACUCAACGACUCACAAGUGAACGAUUUUCUCAGCGGCAAGACACCAUUGAAUCUGAGCAUGCGCCUUGGUGAUCACAUGAUGCUCAUACAAUUGCAAUUGAGCACCGUGAAUCCGGCAAACGGCAGCAGCUCAGCCACAGCUGGCAGUAGUUGCUCCAGUGGCAGCAGCAGCUCCGCCGCGUUGCGCGCACGUUCGAGUCAGCGCAACAAUCGCUCCGCUUUGGCGGCCGGCCACAGUCACAACCACCACCAUCAUCAUCAUCACCACCAUCACCAUCAGCAGCAGCAAGCAACAGCUGGCGCCAAUGCUUCCAACAACACGUCCGCUACUACAAACACAGCCGCCGGCGCAGCAGCAGCAACAACAUCAAAUAUCGUCGUUAGCCAGCAGCAGCGCAGCAAUGGCACCACAACAGCUGCCGCACGCUUGCCGAUUAGCAGCAAUGGCACACUGAAGAGCUCCGAUCUCAGUUCGUUUCUCAGCAAGCGCGACUAUGAGAAUCUGCAGAGCAUUGUGAAGAGCAUUGCCAUGUCACAGCCGGCGCGUCUGACAUCGCCGCCGCUAAGUCAAAUGUUGGCGCAGCAUGUGCGUCAGUGCGCGCCCAGCAAUGUGCCCUCUUCGCUGGCACAACCAGUGGCGGCCGCCAACAACAGUGCAGCCUUCCACAGCGCGCGUGCUGCCAGCACGGCGGACAGCAGCGCCGCAAGCGCAUCGCCACUGCUCGAACAGUCACCCAUCAAAUCGCUAUCGAAUCUGGUGUCAAGUCCCAUUAAAACGGCCGCCAUAAAGAGCAUUCCCAUCACGAAGGCUGGUUGCAGCGGCAGCGCUUGUGAGAGCACAAGCAGCAGCAGCGCCGCGGCCAACAGCAGCGCUAUGGAUACAGCAUGCCAAGAUCCUAUUGCCGCCAAGCUAACCUCGUGUCUGUGUACACGUCUCAACGGCCGCACAGCCGGCAAGGACGACAACUGCAUGGACACCACCACAACGAGUGGCGCGAAUAGUGGCAGUGUACCGGCCACAAGCACAGAGGCAAUGAUUGCAGAGUGCAGCAGCGGCGCGGUAGCUGAGCUACAAACACCAACAACAACAUCGGCGUUGCAGAAGCUUGUUGCGGGAGGCAGCGGUUGCAGCACGCCCGUUGCCGCCACCUUACACAAAACGGCUAAUAAUCCUAUAACGCGCACGAAGCAUCGCAGCCAUCACCAUCACCACCACCAUCAUCAUCACCACCACUACCAUCAUCAGCAGCAGCAGCAACAACAGCAGCUACAAGCCAAGACGCUAACGCCGUUAGUGCGCCCAAAGGCCAGCUCCAGCCCACUGCCGCGUCCCAUUCCUUUGACUACGCGCAGCUUGGAGGAGAAUGGACUCGGCACUGAUGCGGACACGAAGAAGCCGGCAGCACCUGUCACAGCCAUUGGCGCCACAGCGACGCCGCUCUCAGAAGCACCAGCAACAACAACAACUGCAACAAACGCCGUUGCCGCUGAAUUAGACGAUGCAGGCGUUACAGUCUCGGAUUCGCGCACGCUCGCCGAGGCCUCGCGCAAUCUCACACAAACGCUGCGCAAACUCUCGAAAGAAGUCUUCACCAACAAGAUCGAUUUAUCCAGCAGCGAGGAGGCACCGCGCAAAAGCAAUUCGGGCGCAGUUAUUGAAUCGAUGAAGAACCAUGGCAAAGGCAUCUACUCCGGCACCUUCUCGGGCACACUCAAUCCAGCGCUGCAGGAUCGCUACGGGCGCCCGAAGCGUGACAUCUCUACCGUUAUACACAUUCUCAACGACUUGCUAAGCGCCACACCGCAAUACAGCCGCGGCGCGCGCAUCAGUUUCGAGACGCCAAGCGGUUCGUCCGCCGCCAGCGGCGCUUCAGGCAGCAACGGCACCGCCGUGCAUGGCAUACGCAGCAAGCAGCUCUCGCUGAAGCACCACUACCAUCACCACCAGCACGCGCAGUCCUGUGUGAAAUGCCUCAAGUCGCAACAGCAGCACGGCAGCAACAGCGCCUGCACUUACGGCGAAUGCAACGGUCACUACGCUGGCGCCAAGGCAACAGCUACAACCAGCCGUGGCUGCUGCAAAGAAAGCGCCGCCGCUAACGCCGCCAGCGGCAGCAGCAACAACGCCGCCAAUGAGCGCACCGUCUGCAAUUGCCGCUACCGCAACAACACGGAGACCGGCGAACGCGAAGUGGAGCAAAUGUGCCAGAAAUGCACAACCGACAUGGAGAACACCAAAAUGAAGUCGAAGAUCGAUCAGCUGCGCCAGGUGAUGCUGCAGAGUAAACAGCGCCGUGAGGCACGCAAAUUGAAGGGCGCACCCUAUGGCGCACGCGCCGUCGGCACACCCGCCAAGACGGCAACCGCUUUGGCACCCACCGCCACCGCCGUGGCUGCUGUCUGCGCCAAUGCCACGAAUACGUCAUCAGCCAUGAACGCAAAUGCGUCGACCGCCGCUUUAACAAGCUCACCGCAGCUGGCGGCCGCGAGCAACAGCAACAACACAACAGCGCCCAGCGAGGUAUCGCCGAAUCACAUUGUGGAGGAGGUGGACACGGCUGCUUAAAUCCAUUUUAAUUGCCUGCAAUUGCUGCUAAACUAUAAUAGUAACAAUAACAACAGCAACAGCUAUAACUGUGUACAUGAGGAAGCUCACAUUUAUUCACCAUUUGUCCUAACUUGUAGCAUUUAUUAGUUUAUUCAUUAGGAGCAUCAUCAGCCUCAGCGCUUUUGUUAAGAGAAGCGCGAAGGCAAAAAAA